CGCGUUAUCUCAAUCGAUUCCGACCUUGUUCAUUAGACAAACGGCUAGCCAGCUAGCCAGCUAACUGUCAGCAGCAGCUAAAAAUAUUCUGCCGAAGUAAUUUUCAGUGGGCACAGCUGAAAAGACAGCGGGGAGACUGUGGUAGUUUACAGCUAGCAAGAUGUACGCUCUUAACUACGGUGUAUGAAUUUGUUUAUGUGCGGUUAGCUUGUGAAGCUAAAACCUGUUGCUGGCACUGUUAGCACUGAAAAUAGUGAGGCAUUAUGGGCAACACAAGUGACAGGGUGUCGGGAGAUCGCCAUGGAUCCAAAGCCCACCGUUCAGACAGCAGCGGCAGUCACAAAGACCAAGAACCCAGCAGCAAGAUGGUGGACAGCACAGAUGACCCCAACAUCUUCAACACCCAUGGGCCUGAGUCCAAGGCAUUAGGAGAGAAAGAAUUCACCCCAGAUAUGGAUGACCUGGUGAAGACGGGCCCUCAGGCUCGACCCACUGUGAUCCGAUGGGCGGGUGGAGGGAAGGAGGUCUACAUAGCUGGUUCCUUUAAUAACUGGAGCACGAAGAUACCACUAAAUAAGAGCCAUAAUGACUUCGUAGCGAUCCUGGACCUGCCUGAAGGAGAGCACCAGUACAAGUUUUUUGUAGAUGGGCAAUGGGUCUAUGAUUCUUCUGAGCCAGUGGUAACCAGCCAGCUUGGCACCAUCAACAACCUGAUCCAGGUGAAGAAGUCUGACUUUGAGGUGUUUGAUGCGCUGCAGGUUGACUCUCUGGAGUGCUCAGACACAUCAGAUCUAUCCAGCUCCCCUCCAGGUCCAUAUGGACAGGAGCAGUACAUCUUCAGACCCGAGGAGCAUUUCAAAGCCCCACCGAUACUCCCUCCUCACCUCCUUCAAGUCAUACUCAACAAAGACACCAAUAUAUCUUGUGACCCUGCCCUACUGCCUGAACCCAACCACGUCAUGUUAAAUCAUCUCUACGCUCUCUCAAUAAAGGAUGGAGUGAUGGUGUUAAGUGCGACUCACAGAUACAAGAAGAAAUAUGUCACUUCUCUGCUUUACAAGCCUAUCUAAACCUCAACUUGGGUGCUUCAGAGUGCUUUUAGAAAGCAGCCUGUUUGUAUUCUGCUGAUUUGCUGUUUUUUUUGUUUUUUGUAUCAUCACAUUAAGCCAAAUCUUGCACUUAAACAAGUUUACAGGUGAGCUCAAGGCCAGUGGCUGUGACUGUGGCUUGUUUUUUUUGUUUGUUUUUUUUAAAGGUUGCACUUCUGUCUACAUAGGGCUCUGAACAAAAGUAGCAAAGUGUGUGUGUGUGUGUGUGUGUGUGUGUGUGUGUGUGUGUGUGUGUGUGUGUGUGUGUGUGUG